AUGAAUUCUGUUGCUCAUUUUAAUGUGAUCAAUGUAGUUCCGGAUCAGGAACUAUUAGCAUUGAGUAAUUGGGAUAUGAAUCCAGUUCUAUCGUCAACCGCGAGUAAAAAUACAGCGGGAGAAAAGUAUAGUAAUUGGGAUACAAAUCGAAUUUCAUCGACUAUCGUGACGGAUACAAAUAAACAGCAUGAUCCGUAUAGCAACUGGAAUAUAAAUCGAGUGACAUCGGCGACCAUAACACAUACAAAUAGACACCAUGAUCAGUAUAGCAAUUGUGAUCUUAAUCGAGUUCCGUCGGCGACGGUGACUAGAGCAAAAUAUGCAGCCAUCAAUGAAGGAAAUGGAAUAUCGAACAAAGUAAAAUUUGGACCUCAUGCCUACAAGGUACUAUUGGUGAGCUUGGUUGUUGGAGUUCUGGUUGCUGGUAUUCCACUUUCGAUAACGCUCACUUUUUAUAUACAAGAUCAGUCGAAAACAAGCAUAACGACAAUUACAUCAACGACCACUACUACAGAUACUACUACAACUACAACUACUACAACUGCAUCAACUACUACGACUACAACUACAUCAACUACUACGACUACAACUACAUCAACUACUACGACUACAACUACAUCAACUACUACGACUACAACUACAUCAACUACUACGACCACAACUACAACAACAACAAUCACUACGACUUCUACCACAUCAACAACUUACACCAGUAAACAUCAUGCUUUCAGUUUAAUAUUAAUUCAUCUGUAA